CUGAGGGCAGCGCUGCCGGGGCCGGGGCGGGGCCGCCAUCGGCGAUGCCGCUGUGGCUGCGGGAGCACCGCUGGCACCAGACCCCCACCGCCGUGUUCCUCUCGCUGCCCCUGCGCGGCGCCCGGGCCACCCCCGCCAACAUCUUCUGCUCCGAGCGGUACCUGAAGGUAAGCAUCCCUCCCUUUUUAUUUGAAGCCAUUUUGUAUGCUCCUAUUGAUGACACAAAUAGCACAGCAAAGAUCGGAAAUGGAAACAUUUUCUUCACUUUGUAUAAAAAAGAACUGGCCAUGUGGGAUUCCCUGACCCUAGAAAAUGCUGACAAGGAAAAACUGCAAUAUCUAAGAGAGAAUGCUGUUCUAAAAGCCCAACAAAAGGCAAAAGAGGAGACAGAAGCAAAAAAAGCUACAAAAGAGGAACACAAAAAAUAUGCUUUGGAGGCCACAAUGAAGCUAGAAGAAGCAGAAAGAAAAAGAAUUGAAGAUCUGAAAGAAAAGGAACGGCAGAAGGUCGCUGAAGAGUUGGAGUUAUGGAAAAAGCAGCAAAAAGAUGCUGAUAAAUACAAAAGCAUACAAAAAGAAGGGGAAUUACAUCAAGAAAUAGGGCAAUUAAAAGAGAGGAAAAAUGAAAAAAUGACCAAAACUAGAAUUCCUAAUGAAGGAACUUCUAAGAGCAGACCCAAACCCACAAAAGGUCAUGCUUCCUGUAGUAUAUUUUCACCAAAUGUAAAGGAAGAACAGUUACCAGCUCCUCGAUCUGCUGCUACAAUUAAAGUCAACUUUACCCCACGAGUUUUUCCUACAGCUCUGCGAGAAUCUCGCGUCGCAGAAGAGGAGGAGUGGCUACAUAAACAAGCAGAAGCUCGAAGAAUAAUAAGUGCUGAUUUGUCUGAGCUGGAAGAUUUAAAAGAAGAGGAGAAGAAUCCAGAUUGGUUAAAGGACAAAGGAAACAAAAUGUUUGCAAUGGGAAACUAUCUGGCAGCUGUAAAUGCCUAUAACCUCGCAGUGAGGCUGAACAACAAGCUUCCCCUGCUGUACCUGAAUCGUGCUGCCUGCCACCUUAAACUGAGGAAUUUACACAAAGCUAUUGAAGACUCCUCUAAGGCACUAGAACUGUUGACACCACCUGUUCCUGAUAACGAGGGUGCUCGAGUGAAAGCCUAUGUGAGACGUGGAACAGCCUUUUGUCAGCUGGAAUUAUAUACUGAAGGUCUCCAGGAUUAUGAAGCAGCUCUCAAGAUUGAUCCUAAAAAUAAAAAUAUAGAAAAAGAUGCUGAGAAGAUUCGACACCUAAUUCAAGGAACAAUGCAAGGUUCUUAAUUCAAAUAAACUUGAAAAAAAGAAACUCUUUGGCAGAGAUGCCUUUUGAGAACAUCAGAA